AUGGGAAAGGGAAAAGAGAAGCAGUCCAACUCAUCUAUACUUAAGAAGUUGGAGAAAUAUCUAUCAAUGAAUAAAUUUAGUGGAGCCAUUUUGUCAAAGAGCAAAUCAUGGCACGGCAGCACAACAAAUAUUAAGAGCAAAGUAGCCCCAGAGGGCUGUUUUUGGGUGUAUGUUGGGCCAGAGAAAGAGAGGUUUGUGAUAAAGACAAAGUAUGCAAACCAUCCAAUGUUCAAGAUGUUGCUUGAAGAUGCUGAAAAAGAGUAUGGUUAUAAUUAUAGCCAAGGCCCUAUUUUGUUACCUUGUGAUGUUGAUCACUUCUACAAAGUGUUGGCUGAAAUUGGUAGCAGUAAACAGAUUCAAUCUUCAGGGUGUGGAUCAUGUAGUCCCUUAUUUAGUCCUGGUAGGCGUUUGGGUAAUAGCCAAAUGGCCAAAGGUUAUGGUUCUUAUAGGGUUCUUACUCCACCAAGAUUGCUCAAGCUCAACUCUAUUCAUUAG